AUGUUUCAGUGCGAACAUGCCCAGUCACGCGUUGCUUUUCGUUUAAUAAAUCAACAUAUUGUUGACAAUUCAAUUAGACUGAUGUCAAUGUGCCCGACAAUGGAUUUAAUCGCCGUCUGUACCGAGUCGGGAAGUGUUUGGGUAGCGAGGUGGUAUAAUGCCUUGGAAAAAAUUUGGACUUUACCUCCUAGUCAAGACAGAGAGGAAACUGUCGAAGUUUUCACCUGGAGGCCCGAUGGAAAAGUUAUUGCUAUCGGGUAUUCAAACGGAAUAAUACGACUUUAUAAUGUGGAUAAAUUGGAAAUGAUUCAUGAAUUAUUCCAAAAACCACUCAAAUCACCGUCGUCCAAAUCUUUUGCAAUAAACUUUCUUUUUUGGGUACAAGAAACCAAAAAAGACUCAGAAAACAUAAAUGACGCGACAAAUGACUUUUCGAUGAGUGCCCAUCCUGUUCAGAAAUAUUUGCCUCGAUUAAACAUCAUGCCAGAUACAAAGCCGAUUAGCAAACUCUUGGGUGACUUAAAUGGAUCUGAUGAAGACGAUUUGGAUGAUGGGUCAUCCGGAUCAAUCGAUCUACUUUUAGCGGGUGAUGCGGGCGGAAAUUUGCAUUUGAGCGUAUACGGAAUAUAUAACUUACAACCAAUAUCUUUAUCUCAGCAUAUUCAAAUAAAGGCUUCGGUCACACCAGAUCUUUCUCUAAUAACAUUGCUAAUACGGACAGAUGAUUGCCCUACUUCUUCAGCAAGCGUUGAGUCCCAUACAGAUCGUUUAUGUUUUGUUACAUUUAAUACGGGCUUAUUGUACACGCAAAAACUUGAAAUUCGUACUUUAUCCCAAAGAUAUACUGCAAUCAAAUACUUAACCGGUUAUAUAUUUAAAGGAAUCAAACAAAUUGAAUUAGAAUAUCAAGAUUUGAAAUUUUUGACAAAUAAAUUUGUUGAAUCCUUUCAAGAGGUAUUGGAAACACAUAACGAAUUUGAUAAUAUAACAUCUCUUGAUCAAAACACUAAUCCUGAAGCUUCACCUCGAGUGGAUGUUCACAAAGUCUCCUCAUAUAUAAAAAAUUCACUUGGCAAAGAUUUCUUAAAUAAUUUGGAAAAGUUUUUCGUGGAUGACCGACAAUCUUCAACAAUAUCACUACCUACAUUUGAGUUUCCGUUUUCAUCAUAUAACUCUUUAGACAAUUGUAACCUUUUUCAAUAUAACUCAUCACAAAGUAACGGGUUGCCAGCAUAUCCAUAUGAUUAUCUUUCUUCUAACAGUGCAUUUCAACACGCACCAAGUUUUGAAUCUUUUGUUAACGAAUUGAUUAACCGAUGUGACACCUUAUCUUCUGCAACAGCUGAUAAUGUUGCAAAAUCUGUUAAGGCACAUGAACUCAUGGACAUAGUCGAGGGCACUAAUUGUUGUAUUGACAACGUAUUUUUGGCAGAUAUGAGAAUUGUAGCCGAGUUAGUGAAUAAUGAACAUCCCGAAGAAUACUUGUCGAUUACCGAUUUAAACCUUUAUGAUGAUGAAAGAUUAUACAUGAUUGUAAUUGGAUCAGAAAACGAUGAGCCAAUUCUCUUGACAGAAGUAAAAUAUACAGAGUUGAACUUCAUAUCAAUCCCAGAGCCAUAUGACUUACAAUCUACAAAUGAAUUCAAGUUGCCGAAUGUCAUUAACCAAGUGUGGGACCGAAUGAGCGAUGGAAAUUUUACACCACUUUUAGUUCAACGAUUCCGUGAUCUCACUCAUUUUAAACCAUUACAAUUAACUACAAACGGGGCAAGAGGGUUAAUUGGUGCCCUUAGUAAUGAUAAGAAAAAUUUUAUUAUAUUUGAUACGAAUGAAGAAGAUGCAGAUGAUGUGAGAGAGGAUGAUGAAAACAUAAAAAUGAUGGAAGAAUAG